AUGGGUAUAGUGCGGGCCGCGGACGAUGUGGAGGCCGGGAUGGUCGGGUCUGGCGGCGGGGCCGCCACGACGACGGAGCCGCUUCUCCGCCACUGCAAGGAGGACGACCAGGAGUCUAAGAUCCGGGGCAGCCCGGAAGCGGCGGGGUCCGACUGCGGCAGCGAGGGGCGUCCGGACCCGGUCGCAGGCUCGCUGCGGAUGGUCCUUCGCUCCACUGCCGUCGCCGUCUGCGGCUCCUUCGAGUUCGGCACCUGCGUCGGCUAUUCUGCACCCACGCAGUCAGGGAUUGUAGAUGAAGUCGGGCUAUCUAUCUCCGAGUUUGCCAUUUUUGGAUCUAUAUUGACAAUCGGAGCAAUGGUUGGUGCUGUUACUAGUGGGCGCUUGGCUGAUUUUCUUGGACGAAAAAUGACCAUGCGAUUUGCAGCAGUUGUAGGCAUUUUUGGCUGGCUUACUGUAUAUUUUGCCAAGAAUGCUAUGGUGCUCUAUGCUGGAAGAGUUUUGCUGGGAUAUUGUACUGGAGUUCUUUCCUAUGUGGUGCCUGUGUUUAUAUCUGAAAUAGCACCAAAGGGUAUCCGAGGAGGCCUUGCAACCUCAAACCAGUUAUUCAUCUGUUCAGGGUGUUCAGCUGCUUACAUUAUUGGAGCACUUGUUUCAUGGCGCUCUUUGGUUCUAGUAGGAUUAGUACCUUGUGCUGUCCUACUUGUGGGGCUUUUCUUCAUUCCAGAGUCUCCAAGGUGGCUGGCCAACAUAGGGAAAGAGAGAGAAUUCCAUGCUUCAUUACAGGAGUUUAGGGGGGAAGACUCUGACAUUUCUGAAGAGGCUACUGAGAUCAAAGAUUAUAUAGAAUCAAUUCGCCGAUUGCCUAAGACCAGGAUUCAAGAUUUAUUUCAGAGCAAAAAUAUGUAUGCAGUCACGGUGGGUGUUGGCCUGAUGAUUUUUCAGCAACUGGGAGGAAUAAAUGCCUUAGGUUUCUAUACAAGCUAUAUAUUUUCCUCUGCGCGGUUUUCUGGAAAACUUGGGACCACCUUGAUUGGCAUUAUUCAGAUUCCAAUCACAUUCUUUGGGGCCCUUCUGAUGGAUAGGAGUGGAAGAAGAGCCCUUCUUUUGGUCUCUUCAUCUGGAGCAUUUCUUGGCUGCUUUCUUACUGGACUAUCAUUCUAUUUUAAGGCACAGGGACUGUGCACAAAGCUGGUUCCUACUUUGGCUCUUUGUGGCAUACUGGUAUACUAUGGCGUACUCAGUUGGAAUGGGCCCAGUUCCUUGGGUUAUCAUGUCCGAGGUACAUUCUUUCUGUUCUCUGCAGCGAGCUUGGUCACUGUGCUGUUCGUGGCAAAGUACCAGAAACUAAAGGAAGAACACUAG